CUACAAACGACGAGAUGAGAGCGAGUCGAUGAUUUCACAACGAUGUCCGGUAAUGAGGUUGUUUUUCAGAUCUAAAGAGCUGCAGGGAACACCUUUCCGUACGGAAAAGGAUUUUUUGCAAAAUAUUUUUUAGCUGUUUGCAGUGUGUUAUCGCCAACGGACAUAAAAAAAGGUUUCAGUUAAAAUGUGCAACGGCUGUGUGCUUAAAGAGUACCCGGACCGGGGGAACACUUGUCUGGAGAAUGGCUCUUACCUGAUGAAUUACCUGGGCUGCGCCAACUGCCAUCAGAGGGACUUUGUGCUGAUCAGCAAUAAAACCACCGAGGAUGAGGAUGGAGAGGAGAUUGUCACAUAUGAUCAUGCUUGUAAAAACUGUGACCAUGUCAUUGCCAGGCACGAAUACACUUUCUCUGUUGUUGAUGAAUAUCAGGAGUACACUAUGCUCUGCAUGCUGUGUGGAAAGGCCGAGGACUCCAUCAGUGUGUUACCAGAUGACCCCAGGCAGUCCGCACCUCUCUUCUAGACCACCUGCAGGUCACGAUUCACUUUUUAAGAACGAGUCUCGCCCACACAGCUGCUGGCUGCUGGCUUCAGGGUUCCAACCAUUUUAAUCAUCUAUUAAAAUUUUUUAUGCACAUCUUCAAUUAAGUAAAUGCCAUAUUUUAAGUUGGCUGUGUAUGAACUACUGUAUGCUGAUAUACGUUGAACAGGACACGACUUUUUAUUGCCCUACAUGACAACAACAGACAUUAUGUAUGUUGAUUGACAAUGUAACUUUAAAUAAAACUUUUUUACUACUAAGA